UGGGCUGGAUGUCACCCUGUCGCGCGCUGCGUGCCCCCGUUUCCUGGGCUUCCGUCGAGAGCGAGCAGAGACCCGUGGAUGGUCUCCUUGUUGCGGCAGCGCAGGUGGAGAUCUCCGGCAUUAAAGUGCGCCCCCCGGGAUCCUCCUCGGCCCCAAACAAAACCAUCCUCGUCCCCCGCGCCCCCCAAAUCUUUCCCUUCCACUCCGGGAUACCCCCUCUCGUUUCACAUCGCAUUCAUCGCUCCGUCCGCUCUAUCCCCCAGGCCUCGACAGCUACAUCGGUCUAGCCUCGUGUGCGCGCUGGCGCCUCGAUCCUCCAGCAACUACUAGUACCAGUUGAGUUUGUUUUCCUUGUAGUCCUCCUGCUCAGGAACGCGAGGGAGAUCAUUACCCAUGGGGAGGGCGCCGUGCUGCGACAGGAAGGGUCUCAAGAAGGGGCCGUGGACGCCGGAGGAGGACAAACAGCUCGUCGACUUCAUCCAGGCCAACGGCCAUGGCAGCUGGCGCCUGCUCCCCAAACUCGCAGAGCUGAACCGGUGCGGCAAGAGCUGCCGGCUACGGUGGACGAACUACCUGCGGCCGGACAUCAAGCGCGGGCCCUUCACCGCCGAGGAGCAGAAGUCCAUCGUCCAGCUCCACGGCAUCGUCGGGAACAAGUGGUCCAUGAUCGCGGCGCAGCUGCCCGGCCGGACGGACAACGAGAUCAAGAACUACUGGAACACGCACCUCAAGAAGCAGCUCCGCCGGAUGGGCCUCGACGAGCCCCCGCCCGGCCCGACCGCCGGCUGCCCCGCCGCGCGCCACAUGGCGCAGUGGGAGACCGCGCGCCUGGAGGCCGAGGCGCGCCUCUCGCUCCUCUCCUCCUCCGGCGCCGCGGCGACGGCCACCACCUCCGGCUCCGCGUCCUCUUCAUCGACCGCGGCCGCCGGCGCCGCGGUGGCCGAACGCGCGAAGCCCGCCGACGUCUUCCUGCGCCUGUGGAACUCCGAUAUCGGGAGCUCUUUCCGCAAAGCGGCCGCGCCAGUGUCCGUCAAGGAGGAGGAGGCUGUGGUGCCGGGGGACGACUCCUCGGCGGCGUCCAACGAGAUGGACGCGGCGGCGGCCGAGUACCAGAUGUUCCUCGACUUCGCCGGCGAGGAGCUGGGUCUGUUCCACGGCCGGCACGGCGGCUUCUCGCUGUUCCCGCCGCUCGACGUGCUCGCCGAGGCGUCCCUGGACACGGCGUUCUAGCAAGACCGUUAGCGCGGGGAUCGCGUACGUACAUACGUAGUGGUAUAAGUACCUCUAAACGUACGCCUGUGCGCAUGUACGUAUGUUGUAUAUAUAUGCUUGCCUUCUGUGGCGUCCGUGGGCGUAUGCGCGCGCGUGGGGAAGGUAGUUUCUACGUGUGCCAAGCAAGAUGCACGAGAGAUUUUUGGUAGUAAGUUAGCUAGGGCUUCAGUUAGGACAUCAUGGUGUAUUACGGUUUGUGAUGGGAUUCUCUCCGGAGACGCUCUAAUACGUCGUAUGAUGUUCGAUCCUAA